AUGCUAGACCCUUGUUCUUUUUACUUUGCACACGCUAGGCCCUUCCCGCCCCAUUCUCCAGCUUUCCAUCACCCCGCCCCUUUCUCCCGCUUUCCAUCUCCCCGCCCCAUUCUCCCGCUUUCCAUCAGACCGCCCCAUUCUCCCGCUUUCCAUCACCCCGCCCCAUUCUUCCGCUUCCCAUCAUCCCGCCCCAUUCCCCCGCUUUCCAUCACCCCUCCCCAUUCUCCCUCCUUCCAUCACCCCGCCCCUUUCUCCCGCUUUCCAUCUGCCGCCCCAUUCUCCCGCUUUCCAUCACCCGCCCCAUUCUCCCGCUUUCCAUCACCUCGCCCCAUUCUCCCGCUUUCCAUCACCCCGCCCCAUUCUUCUGCUUUCCAUCACCCCGCCCCAUUCUCCCGCUUUCCAUCACCCUGCCCCAUUCACCCGUUUUCCAUCACCCGCCCCAUUCUCCCGCUUUCCAUCAUACCACCCCAUUCUCCCGCUUUCCAUCACCCCGCCCCAUUCUCCCGCUUUUCAUCACCCCGCCCCAUUCUCCCGCUUUCCAACACCCCGGCCCAUUCUCUCGCUUUCCAUCACCCCGCCCCCUUCUUCCUCUUUCCAUCACCCCGCCCCAUUCUCCCUCCUUCCUUCACCCCGCCCCAUUCUCCCGCUUUCCAUCACCCUGCCCCAUUCCUCCGCUUUCCAUCACCCCGCACCAUUCUCCCACUGUCCAUCACCCCGCCCCAUUCUCCCGCUUUCCAUCACCCUGCCCCAUUCUCCCGCUUUCCAUCACCCUGCGCCAUUCUUCCGCUUUCCAUCACCCCGCCCCCUUCUCCCUCCUUCCAUCACCCCGCCCCAUUCUCCCUCCUUCCAUCACCCCGCCCCAUUCUCCCGCUUUCCAUCAGCCCGCCCCAUUCUCCCGCUUUCCAUCACCCCGCCCCUUUCUCCCGCUUUCCAUCUCCCUGCCCCAUUCUCCCGCUUUCCAUCACCCUGCCCCAUUCUCCCGCUUUCCAUCACCCCGCCCCAUUCUUCGCUUCCCAUCAUCCCGCCCCAUUCCCCCGCUUUCCAUCACCCCUCCCCAUUCUCCCUCCUUCCAUCACCCCGCCCCAUUCUCCCGCUUUCCAUUACACGCCCCAUUCUCCCGCUUUCCAUCACCCCGCCCCAUUCUCCUGCUUUCCAUCACCCAGCCCCAUUCACCUGCUUUCCAUCACCCGCCCCAUUCUCCCGCUUUCCAUCACCCCGCCCCAUUCUCCCACUUUCCAUCACCCCGCCCCAUUCUCACGCUUUUCAUCACCCCGCCCCAUUCUCCCGCUUUCCAACACCCCGCCCCAUUCUCCCGCUUUCCAUCACCCCGCCCCACUCUCCCGCUUUCCAUCACCCCGCCCCAUUCUCCCUCCUUCCAUCACCCCGCCUCAUUCUCCCUGCUUCCAUCACCCCGCCCCAUUCUCCCGCUUUCCAUCACCCCGCCCCAUUCUCCCGCUUUCCAUCUCCAGGACCACGCAAGCUCUAAGAGCAGGUAAGCUCUUGGACCAGGCAAGCUCUUGGACCAGGCAAUCUCCUAGACCAGGCAAGCUCGUGGACCACGCACGCUCCUGGACCAGGCAAGCUCCUAGACCAGGAAAGCUCCUGGACCUGGCAAGCUCCUAG